AAGGUGGACAGUGCAAAAAGCUGCAGUUACAAUUUUCGAGUGCUUUAGUCUCGGUGCGCUCUUUAAUCCGAAUUAGUUUGUCACUCGCUUGAAUUGCUCAAUCCGCAUCGCCUUUUAAACGGAAACUAAAUCUAAUUUCAAUACAUCAACAUGCAAUUUGUUGUUGAAUACAAAAAGUGAUGCUCAGCUAAUCUUUUGACGCGGGCAUGCCUCACAAUUAUUGCAAAAUUGUGAAAUAAUUUGCAGCUUAUUUUCGUUGUCUGCUUGCGAAACAGAAAAAUCCCCCAACGACGUCAUCGCCAUGGCUUUAGCCAGCGCAGCGGGCGCUCUUCUCAAGCCACAGACGCCGCUCCAGCAGCUGCUCGAGGACAUCAACUUUCAGCGCACCAAGGAGAUGCGUCAGCUGCUCAAAGAUGAUGGUGGCUUUGUGGUGCUCCAGGGAACAACUUACUGGACGGAUCUGUUUGUGCGACACUUUCUAUUCCAAACGGAGCCUGUGCACAGCAUCGACUCGGAUGAUUUGCUCUUCUUUGUGCGCAAGAAGCAUGUGAAGAGCUCCUCGCGCCACAUGCCAAAAUAUGAGACUGAAGUUGAGGUAUUUCGCAAGGAUUCGCGCAAGUUGCCAAUUGGUGAUCCGGAUGUGGAUUGGGAGGAGACUGUCUACCUGAAUAUGGUGAUACAUCAAUUCGACUACACACUGACCUUGGCCAUUUGCACCCGGACAUCGCCCAAGGAGCUGCAGGUGCUGCGCAGGCAUUCACAACGUGUCUAUGCCAGUCCCAGUCGCCGGAAGAUGGACACCAAGGGCGAGGGCGAAGAGAUCACAUAUCCACACAUAUGCUUUAUGGUGGACAACUUCGAUGAGGUGUUCAGUGACAUUCUGGUGCGUGAUGGUGAGAUGGUGUGCGUCGAACUGGUGGCCAAUGACAAGGAUGGCGCUGUUCAGGGCGUCAUCUUUCUGGGAUCCAUACGUUACGAUGCACUGAAAAAGGUCUACGAUGCCAGACAAUCCAGUCUGAGCUCCAAGGUGGCACAACGCAUGUCCUUUGGCCUGUUUAGCAGCGGAGCCGGCGUUCAAACCCGCUGCGAAUUUGUGCGCAUGAAGGGACCGCAGGGCAAAGGUCAUGCCGAGAUGGCGGUAACGAAACCAAAGGGAUCUGGCGUUGAGACGCCAACUAGCGAGCCGGGCUUCUGUGCCACCGACAUGUGGGACGAGUGGGAGGAGGAGAACGAUGACUAUUGCACGUAUCGACAUCAGCGACGUCUCAGCGAUCCCAGUGCCAAUCUUAAUAACUUCUCACGCUACGGCUGGCGCACAAAGAACACGAAUCAGGACAUGGUGAGCAGUGGUACCAGUGCCAGUGUCGGUGCCAAAGCGCGCUCCGAGAACGAAGGACUCGACUCCCUGGCCAGCGAAGUAUCUGAAAUCGAAGCUGGAGACUUGCGCGACGAUCAGCAACGUCCUGCUUUCUCGGCUUCCGCGGCAAAACUGCACCCAAAUCCGAAUUGUGAAACGAUCAAGGUAGCGUCUGGUGAGCCAGACAAGCCACCAGAUGCCCCAGUGUCCAGUGACCAAGUGUCAGGAUCAGCUAACGAGUCAGCCAGUGCUGCUCCAGCCGUUACACCGCCUCCGCUCAGCGUUGCCAUUGAGGUAACCGUUCCCGGCAGCAGCAACAACAGCAACAGCAGAACGGGCUGCAACUGUUUUGGUGGCAAGAAGUGCAAAAAACGUUGGACAUCAUCUACGGCAGGCAGUGCCAUCGACACACCCGAGAUGUCGGAAGUGUACUGUCCCAGCUGCGAGGAUGCGGCCAACGAGACGCCAGCGUGUCUCAGCAAAAUGCCCGACAAGCGUCAGACACGUCUCAAGCCAAAGCCACCCAGCAUACUUUGCGUGGAGAGCGAGCUUGUGGUCAGCAAGCGUGGCAGUCUCCGGCUCGGGGAUAACAAGCGGAGCACAAAGGGCAGCAACAUCACACGCAGCGUCUCCCUCAGUGCCGCCGAUCGUCGGACGAGUGUGCCAAUUCCAGUGAGUGUCAAGAAGGCGGCGCCAAUGCGAGUUCGCAUUGUCAAGACCAAGGAGCAGGACAAGAGCAAGGCACCCAACAAGGAGAAGGAGAAGGAUAAAGAUAAGGAGAACGAUAAAAAGUCAUCGAAUCAGAAAUCAGGGAAUGGUGCCAGCAAUUUGCUUGCCAGAAUGUCACCCAAGCGACUGCGCAAUGCCAAAGCCAGCGACAAGGAGAAGGAUAAGGACAAGGACAAGAUCAAGGAGAAAUCAAAGGGGACAGUCAAAGGAAAACACAACAGCAAUAUUAACAAUAACAAUGCCAAGGCAACAACUGCAACUGCAACCACAACGGCAACCACAACCACAACAGUUGCUGCAUCCAAAUCGGAGGAAUAUGAGAUUGCUGAUGAUGCCACCUCGUUAAACGGCGAGUCUACGGGAGAGACGGGCGAGAGUACAGGUGCCGCCAAAAUGGCCAUACUCAGCGAGAGCGAUAGCAAGCUGAUGAUAAGCGUGCGGGGACGCGAGGAGCUGCCCGUGGUGGAGCAAUCUUCAUCGCCAUCGCCGCCCACAGUGGGGCAACACUUUCAAAAGUGUUUACGUGUACCUGUUAAAUCAGACAGCCAUCCAUUGCAGCUGGACGUAACCUCGCCAGCUGGCAACGCAACUAACGAUAAUAAUGAUGAUGAUGAACUGGACCAGGAGCAGCAGCUGGAGCUGGAGCUUGGCGCUACAGGCAGUGAAGUGUCGCCUCUGCUUAACGGCGAGGCGGAUGUGGCAAAUGGCAAUCAACCGGCAGCUAGCAGCGCCACUUUGCCCCGCACCGCCAAGCAAUCCUACUACAACAAGGUGCUCCACUUGGUGCCCAAGCGUCGCACACCAGACGGCACCAACAUAUACUAUUGGUGCGAUCUGCCCAAGAAGGCCCUCAAAGAGCUCGACGAUGGCGCCUACAAUCCGCUGUGGACCAGUCGAGGGUUUACCCAAUCCUUUCACUUCUGGAAGGAGAACCGUCGUCAGCAAUCCACGCCGCUCAACGCAUUCCUCACCUAUGUCACACUGCCCUGGUGGAGCAUUGCCAAGGAUUUGCUGGAUCAUCGAGAGACGCCUAUACUGACCUUUUAGUAUUAGAUGGGUUCUACGCUUGUGAUUUGCUAUAGUUAUGCUUUGAAGUAUUUCCUAUCAAAUGUCUUUAGUUUAUAUUAUCUUGUGUGAUCUUAAGUAUAUGUAUUUAUAUGUAUGUAUAUGUAAACAAGGCAGCAGACAUCAUCUAGCUGCACCUUAAAUAUUCUUAAUUUAAUUUAUGUAUCUGCAUCUAUAUCGGUUAUGUUCGACCAAUGCCAACAUAUUUUGCUAUGAUAGACUUUGUUUGUCUAGGGCAUUACUAUAAGAUAAACCCUAUGUACGCGUAUAGUAUAACAGUAUGACAGUAUACCAAAUGCAACGCCAACCUACAAAUUUAUAAACUAUUAUACCUAAUAUUACGCUGCAUUUUGAUGUUAUAUAAAGAUUGUUAACAAUAGUCAGAAGUAUAUGUAAUAUGUAUUAUUAUUUGUAUAUUAUAUGUCAACAUUUAUAUAUACAUAUGUAUUUAUAGAGAAAAUUGCAAAAUAGCAAACAACAAAAUAAAGAAUUGCGUACAAUAAACUCAAAGCAUUUGAAACAAC